AUUGGAAGCAUAAAGCUGAACUUGCUGUAGAGUUUUGCUAUUAGAUGGCUGGGAUGUCAGGAUUUAGGAGCCUUGCACCUAAAACAAAGAAUGCUAUAGUUGCUGGGGGACUUUCAGCUUUUGUUUUUGGAGUAUAUUUCUACACCAUGAGAGCUGUUGGAGGUACCGAUGAAUUACAAGUGGCUAUAAACAAGUUUGAGGAGGAAAAAGGUCAGAAAGAGGCUGAAGCAAGCUUGUCAUCAAAGGUUUGAUCUUUUAAUAGUAACUCAGUUAUGCUGAUAAUGUAGUCGGGGAAAAAAGGUAACCCUUACUGUGAAAGACACCAGCCCUUUAUAUAUUUAUUUGCUUUUCGAAUAAAUAAAUUCAGUAUUUUUCAGUAUUUAGUGCGUUUUUCAA